AUGUGCACAUUUAAUAGUAAGUCAGAAAAAAUUUACAAGAAUGUUAUGCAGGAUGUAUUAGACGAUUUGUGUGGGAAAAAACUAGAUAAUUAUUAUUUUUUAAUAAAUAAAAGAGAAGUAACUCCCAAAUAUUUUUCAUUAAGCAAAAUAACUUUUAGGAAUGAACUUAUACUCAACUUAAAGAAUGAUCUUAAAGAAGAAGAAUGUUUUGGUUUAAUUUUUAAUAAUUCGGAAGUAUUACAUAAAAAGUCGAAAAAAAAAAUAAAAGAAGAUCAAUUAAUAGAAAAAUUGAAGUCAUCAAAUUUUAUGAUAUCCAAUGAAAAAAUUAUAGAAAAAUUAAAUAUUUUAUUAAAAUUCAAUAAAAACAAAAGUGACAUAACUAUAAAAGAAAAUAAUCUUCAUUCAUUACAAAAUUCAUAUUCCUUUUAUGAUGAUAUAUUUUCCAAAGACUUCUACACAACUGAAGAUAAUUAUGAUUUUCAAAUUUCUAAACAGCUAAAUGGUUUAUAUAUCUUAUCAUUAUGCAAAUACAGUAAUUUCUUUUUUAAUAUAUUGAAUGAUUUAAAAGGUAGCAAUGAUAAAAAUUUCAAACUAUUAAUUAAAGAAAAUGUAAAAAUUGAAUAUGAUCAAAGAUUAAUAAAGGCUGACACAUCAGGAAAAAAAAAAAGAAAUACUAUUUUUAUCAAUGAAAAUAUGACUAUUUUACAGAUCAUUUAUAAAAAUAAACCUUAUAAAAUUAGAAGUAAAAUAAAAGGUUUUCACUGUGACAUCAACGAAAAUCUUAUUGCAAACCCCCAUAUCUUAUUUAUGAGUAUAAAAGAUUCAUGGAUACUUAUUUUGAAACACACAAAUCAGGAUUUACAAAAAUGUAUAACCCCAGAUGAAUAUCAACAAGAACGAAAAGAUUUAAUAUAUCAAUAUAACAUUCUCUUUGACUCUUUUGAAAAAAGUUCAUUAUAA